AUGACUGGCUUUGGUGGCGCGCGGUGGUUGGCUCCGCGGCUUGGCGCACUGGUGCUCUGCGUGCUGCUCGCCGUCCACGCCCAGCACGCGGCUGCGAACAGCAACGACAGCCUCGAGUCCAUCCUCGAACGUGCCAAGGCCGCGACCAUCGCUGGCAACUACCCAGAGGCCCUCGAGCACUACAACACUGCCGUUGCCGCCGACCCAAGCAGCUACGUGACCUUGUUCAAGCGCGCGACCGUCCUCUCGGCGCUCGGCCGCACACGACACGCCGUCGCUGAUUUCGACACUGUGCUUGGCCUCAAGCCUGACUUUAACCAAGCGCGAUCGCAGCGUGCGGCGCUUCUUCUCAAGCAGGGCAAGGCCGAUCUCGCUCGCGCUGAUUUUGGCGAAUUGACAAAGAUUGAUCCCAACGACCAGCACGCUCGUGCACAAUUGGCGGCUGUUGACACCUACCUCGCUCAAGCCAAGGCAGGCUCCGAAGCGCUGAAGCGGCAUGAUUUCGCGGCUGCUCUGGGCCAUUUGACUGCUGCGAUUGAUAUUGCUCCGAUGAACGAGGAGCUUCGUCGCCUUCGCGCAGACGCCUACAUUGGCGCAGGCGACAUUCAAAGCGCCAUCGGCGACGUCACUCGUUCGGCUAAACUAUCAAAUGACAAUUCUGAGGCCUUUUUCUUGCUGUCCAAGCUGUAUUACCAAACUGGCGAUCUUGAGCAAGCUCUAAAACAAGUGCGAGAGUGCUUGAAGCUUGACGCCGAGCACAAGUCUUGCCAUCCGCUGUACAAGAAACUCCGCAUGCUUGACAAGCACCUGCAAGCUGCCGACCAAGCUACCAAGCAGAGCAACUUUGAACAGGCAAUUACCAAGCUGGACGCGGCCGCUGCUGUGGACCAAUCCAUGGUCAUCUUUCAAGUUCGCAUCUUGGCUGACAAGUGCCGAUGCUAUCUUCGGUUACGCAAACCCAAGGAGGUUGUAACUACUUGCGCCCAAGUACUUGCUCUGGACGCCAACCAUUUCACUGCUCUGGUUGACACUGCCGAGGCGUACCUGCUCCUCGAGCGCUACGAAGAUGCCGUCAACACGUACCAGCGAGCAAAAUCGGCUCAUGGCGACAACCAAGAGAUUGUGCAGGGCCUCGACCGCGCGCAAAAGCUCCUCAAGCAAGCAAACACGCGUGACUACUACAAGAUUCUGAGUGUUGCUCGCAACGCCGACAAGAAGGACAUUAUCAAGGCCUAUCGCCGGGAAGCAAUGAUCUGGCAUCCCGACAAGUACGACGGCGAAGAGAAGGUGGCCGCCGAAAAGCGAUUUAUUGACAUUGCCGCCGCCAAAGAGGUCUUGACUGACGAUGAAAAACGUAAAAUGUACGAUUCGGGGAACGACCCGCUGGAUCCCGAAGUCCAGCGCCAGCAGCAACAACAAGGGUUCCACCACGGCGGCUUCAAUCCCUUCGGCGGCCAGCAGUUCCACCAGCAGCGUUCAGGCGGCAACCCGUUCAACUUCAACUUCCAUUUCUGA